UUCCCUGCUACAUCUCCACUGCCUCGCAACUACUCAUUCACGGCGCAGGAAACAACUCAUUUGCGUAUGAAUGCCCGCGAGAACGUGAGUGUCAACUGCCAUAAUCAUAUCUUCGACUUACAUUCUUCAGUCCCGACACACCACCGAACCAUCAUCCGCUGCUACUUCUACGACCUUCAAGGCCCGCCUACGUGACCUAUGGACGGGUCAUGCAUUGUCGCCUAUUGUUGAUGUUCCUCUCGCACAGGGUAAAGAGCGCAAUGCUGCAGCGGGUGCUCCUCGCAAAAAUAAAGACUGGAUACCUGAUGAAGACUAUGUUCCUUCACGUCCUGCUUCGCCGAAUCCUAAUUCACAACAACCGCCUGCAGUGCAGAUCAACGCUGGAGAGCAUGGGAACGGCCGGUUAUGCGGCUGCUUCUAAGCUGGCUCGCAUAUAUCUUCUAGUAUUGUACUCUUCGUUUUCAUCGCUUACGCUAUAACGUCAACAUUAACUUAUCAUAUGCAUAACCACUACUACACCCCUCGAAUUACUUAUUAUCGACAUGUAAGCUAAUCAUAAACCUCACG